UAUUUGAUUGUAACAAAACAGAGGGGUGGGUGUGCUUUAUAGUUUUGCCCUGUGGUAUUGACGAAUCAGUUCAUAAGUAAGAAUUCACAGUCCCCUUUCAGUGGUACAUUACUUUGGGCUGGGUUACACAGGGAGUGAAGAAUUGGGGACUAUGUUUGUCUUCCGUAUCCGGUUAAGAUUUUAAGUGAUAGUGAGGCGCCAUGUUCGUUUGUUAAGGCCCAGCCCACUUGCAUUUUAGAGUUGCAGCACUGAUGAAUGAUACUUCAAUCAGAAGGCAGAAAUCAGGGGUCAGGAACAUGCCGCAUUGCGUGGUGAGCAAUUGCCCACAUUUCAAUUACAAGAAAUCAAAUCUCCAUGGAGUGGCUCUGCACCCCUUUCCCAAUGAUUUGGCCAGGAUAAAGCUAUGGCUUCAGCAGGUCGGUCUUACGAUUGGCCAGAUUGACUAUUUAGCACAAAAGGUCGUGGAGGGAAAGAGAAAGAAAACGGAUCCGCUUCGUAUGUGUUCAUCCCAUUUCACCCCCAAUUGUUACAUCGUGCAGGACGCUAAACUGGUUCUUCACUCAGAUGCCAUCCCAACUGUAUUCCCAGUGAUGAGCACAUCAAUGACCAAUCAGCAGAAUUUACUUUCGCCUCCCAAUUCAUCAACAUGUGAGGGUGAAGUGUGGCCCAAAUGCAUAGUCAACGGUUGUCGCCAGCCAAUUGGCGGGGUUUUGUUUCAUACUUUUCCCAACAAUCUGCAAAGAAUAAAGCAGUGGUUGCAUCAGACUGGCCAAGAUUUUGGCAAUAUUGAAGUCUUUGCUCAAAAAGUGCUGGAAAGGAGGAGGAGUUAUGAUUAUUGCAUGUGCUCCACCCAUUUCCCCCAAGAAUGUUAUAUUUUUCAAGAAGGCAGAGCCAUUCUCCGGGCGAAUGCCGUGCCAACGAUUUUCCCUAGCAGACAACAGGCACAGCAACAACAGCAAGUUCUUUGGAAUGUUUGGCCGCCUUUGAUGGUACCUGGACAGAAUUCUGCACCUAAAACACCUGAACCGAUUCCCCCAAACUUUCCAAAAAUACGUGAAACAGUUGACAAGGGGGUGCAGUGGCCUGAAUUUGAGUGCAAUUUUGAUGGUGAACCUUGGAAAAUCGAACACGAUCACCUCUACCAUUGUCGUCCCCUUGACCCCGAUGAGCCCUUGGGACCUUUAAACCUCAAUGAAUUCUUUCCUCGUGAUAUUUACCCGCCAUGGUUCUGGAAAAAUUUAUCAUCCAAAAGUGAUGACUUCUAUCAGAAGACUUUCCUCCAGAAAUUGGAAGCAGAGCAAGCGUGGUCUUCAGUGGAGAAAGUAUUGGUCCUACUGCUGCAGCAUCUGAAUAACUCACCCCUGUACCAAAGGAUCCUAGACAACAAACCGAUGACAGAGAGGAUUGUGAAUGAAGCACUGGAGGUUAUUUACCUGCUGACUGGACAGGAAUGGACAGUUGUGAAGAAAGAUUCCAUCCAGAGGGGCAUUAGCCAGAUGAAUGGAGAGAUUCCUAUCAAACGCGGGGAUGUGGCUGUUUAUUUAUCAAUGGAUGAGUGGGAACAUUUAGAUGAACACAGGGAUCACUACCUUGAUGUAUUGAUGGAUGAGCAUCUUCCCUUCACUCAGUUUAAAAUCCCUGAAGAUUGGGGAGAAGAGGAAAACACUUAUCAGGAUGUGAUGGAUGAUCCCUAUAUUGACCCCCCUUUGUCCGAGGAUGAAGAAGAUGAUUAUAGUAGCGAGUCUGAUUGGCACCCAGAGCAAAAUUAUCGACCCAAAACAGAUGUAUCCUCUUCUUCUUCAUCGUCUUCUGAUGAAGAAAGCAAUACAACGAAGUCCAAAAGACGUUCCAGCAAAAAGAGGCGGAGUGAAAGUAGCUCUGACAUCGAAACAUCCUCCAAGCAUUCAAAAAGCAGUGACCCUCUUCCAGCAGAAGCGGUUGAUAAUGAGCCUCACAAGUGUAACGGCUGUGAGAUCACCUUUCCUAAUAAAAGUCAGCUUGACCUGCAUCUCACAUUAUCUCCCGAAUGUUUAAUGUUCGACAGACCUGACGAGGAGGAUGAGAACCCUAACGUCCUUCCAGAGAAAAAGAACACCCACGAAUGCGAGGAGUGCGGCAAAUCAUUCGCUCGCAAAAUUGAUCUGCGAAAACACAAGAAAAAGCACAUCAAGAAAAAAUCCAUUAAAUGCGAGGAGUGCGGGAGACGCUUCUUUUAUCAGUCUCAGUUACUCAUCCAUCAAAGAGUUCACACCGGGGAGAGGCCUUACCAGUGUAACGAAUGCGGCGCGCGCUUUGGCCACAAAUGCAGCCUGGUCAUACAUCAGAAAAAACACACCGGAGAUGCAGGUUUUAAAUGCAACAAGUGUCGCAGGCAGUUUAAGAUAAAGGCCAAGUUCGAUAAACAUCUAAAAAUUCAUGAAAGAGAGCCUGUGUCUUGCCCUAAGUGCAGCAAGCGUUUCACCUACAAAACAGCACUUUUUAAACACCUGAAAGUCCAUAUAAAACGUUGAUGGGAGACUCCAUGAAACCGGCAAUGACACCAUGUAAUGCAGAAGGUGUGGAUAGAACAGGAACCCUAUUAAAGGAGUACUAAGGCCUAACUAAAGAAGUAGCUAGAAAUGUUGUACAUUAUGUUUUGUGCUUCUGUACCAGCCCAAGGCAACCACAACCCUUAAGCAG